GCUGACAGCUUUGUUUGCUCUUUCGCGUGACGAUCAUUGUCCACCAGAUACUUUUCAUAAUUGAACAAAUAAGUUGAUUCCUUACCUGUUCUGAGCUGCAAUUCGAUCAAUUGCGCAUAUCCGGAAACAAAAGCAAUCACAAAAAUGGCCGAAGUUGCAGCUGGAGCCCUCGCGGCGGAGCAGGUCAUCAUGACGGGCGUCGAGGCUGGUGCUGCAGUCGCCGUUGCCAAGCCCACGCAGCCGCUCAAGGCUUCCCUCAACCAAAUCAUCCUACCGGUAGAUGAUAAGGCCGUACAAUCUGAUCUGGCAAGGACUCACCACACAGUCACCUGCAUUGGCGACCGAGCCUUCAUAUUCGGCGGCCAGCUAGCAAGCGGCCAGCUCUGCAACACAGAUGUACACACGGUUGCUUUAUCUGCUACAGAGCCGGAGCCUGCAAACCCCGACGGCUAUGUCAAGGUCUCCGAAACCCAGAGAUACAGCGCCCAGAGGUACAGCCGUUACCCGGCCUUCCCGCUCAAGGACGCGACCACAGGGCAGACCUUGCUCCCGGCGCCAAGAACCCGCCACGCCGCCACGGCUCGGGGCGACUACGUCCUGAUUCACGGCGGUCUCGAUGCCUCUGGCACGGCCACCUCGGCCGCCGAAAACGGCACCGAGAACCCCGCCACCAUCUGGCUGUGGGACUCGGGAAGCCUGAAGUGGGCGCGCAUCAACGCGACUGUGCAGAUCGGCGCCACGUUUGCCCCGCGCUGGGACCACGCCAUCUUUGUCGACCAGGUGCAGGACAUACUCAUCCUACACGGCGGCCACACCGAGACGGGACCCUCGGCGGAGACGUGGCUGUACGACUUUAACUCGCUCACGUGGACGGAGCUGCCCUCUGCGCCGGUCGCGUCGCUUGCGUCAAACAUUGCCUAUUCCAACGGGACAUUGUUCUCGGUCUCGGGCGGAGAUGGCGAGCUGGGCGGAUCGGUCCACUUCCUGAAGCUGGGCCACUCGUCUGAAGACCGUGAGAAGCCGCUGUCCUGGGAGACGGUCGACUUCCCAUCCAACCCUCUGACUCCGGGGCCCCGCAUCCGGACCGGCGGCGCACUCGUCCCUGUGUCGACGGGCUCCGGCAGGCGGUUUCUCGUAUACAUGUUUGGCAGCACGGAAAAGGCAGCGACGACGGUGACCGGAGACGUCGGCCCUUCCAUCAUCAGCAGCACGAGUCCUGCGCAGCCAUCGAUGCUCCCCGAGCACGACCAGCCGCUCUACUCGGACAUUUGGAGCCUGCAGCUGCCGUCGGAGGGCUUGACGGCCUCGACCAUCAAAGACGCGAUCCGCGACAAGAUCCCCGGCGUCAGUUCGGGCGCCAUGACGUGGUCAGAGGUCGAGGUCCUCCCCAACGAAAUGGUCGAGCACGAGGGCAAGGCGCACCCCGGACCGGUUGCGUUUUUCGGUGCCGCGGGCUGUCUGGAUGAAAAGGGUGUGUUUUUCUGGGGUGGGGCCAGCGCCGAUAGGAAGGUGCAGGAUGAUGGAUGGCUGGUCAAGAUUUCGUAGAUUCUUGUCGCUUGUAAUUGUUGGUAUGGGUUAGCAUUGCAAUUUUAGUCAGGCGACAGCAUUGUAUUGACGAGAUGCAAAGAUUCAGAAA